AUGUGUCCUGCAUUCUGGUGGAGCAGCACCUGCAGACGGGAAACCAGCACCAAUGAUCUAUUCGGGCCCGAAUGGACGCUGGUGCAUUUUGCCGAUAAUCAGCCUAGCAAGACCAACACGUCCGUUGCAAGCGACCAGUUUCUCGCUGUGGCUUCCAGUCUCGGACCGUCUCUUUCUCGUGCUGUUAUUGCGGAUGAGCCGCAGGUCCACCGUAUCUGGGAACGGAAUCUCGUCCUUGUUCGUCUGGACACGCAUGCUGCUUGGUGA